AUGUCAGACCUCACCAACUAUAACGAAGCAGAGGAAGAAUUCGUUGAUAUUAACGAAAUUGCAGAGGAGGUUGCAGAUGAUGUGGGACCUGUUCCUGAAGAUGACGAUAAUGACAUGGAUAUGGACGAAGGUGAAACUGUUGAAAUCGACUUAGCAAAUAACUCCUGGGCCUAUUUUGACCAGCACAAGGACUCCAUCUUCACAAUUUUCAAACAUCCAUCCUUACCAAUGGUUGUUACUGGUGGUGGAGACAACACUGCAUUUAUGUGGACCACCCACACCCAGCCUCCUAGAUUUGUGGGUGAAUUACUGGGCCAUAAAGAAUCUGUCGUAUGUGGAGGAUUCACCGGUGACGGUAAAUUUGUCAUCACCGGAGACAUGAACGGUUUCAUUCAGGUGCAUAAAGCUGCCAAGGGUGGCCAAAAGUGGGUCAAGUUCCUGGACUUGGAAGAGGUUGAAGAAGUUCUUUGGAUCACUGUUCACCCUGCUUUGCCUUACUUUGCAUUUGGAGCUCCAGAUGGCUCUGUGUGGGUUUAUCAAAUUGAUGAGGCAAAUAAGUCUUUGGAGCAAGUCAUGUCCGGAUUCUCCCACACUAUGGAGUGCAAUGGAGGUGUUUUCGUAGGCACCGACAAGGAGGAUGAGCUUUACUUGGUGACCAUUUCUGAGGAUGGUAGUAUUGUGAACUGGAAUGCAUUCACUGGCGCCGUUAACUACAAAUUGCAACCUCAUGAUGAUUUUAAGGGAGUGGAGAGCCCAUGGGUGUCUGUCAAAGCACACAAGAACGUAAUCGCAGUGGGUGCAAGAGACGGUCAAUUGGCCAUCAUUAACUUGGAUUCAGGAAAGAUUGUACACACUGUCAAGACAAUUGAGAAUGUGGAGGACAUUGCCGACCUCUCUAUCGAGGCUUUGGCAUGGUGCGAGAACCCUACUGUCAACCUUUUAGCAGUGGGUCUCGUUUCUGGAGACUUGCUAUUGUUUGACAGCUUGCAGUGGAAGUUGCGUCGUUCAUUGAAGGUUGAUGAUACUAUCACCAAUCUUGAGUUCGUUGACGAGACUCCAAUUCUUGUAGGCUCUAGCAUGGAUGGAAAAAUCUUCAAGUGGGACGCCCGUACAGGUGAGGAGUUAUUUGUUGGAGUCGGUCACAACAUGGGCAUCUUGGACUUCGUUGUUAUGGAGCAAGGCAAGAAAUUGGUAACUGCUGGUGACGAGGGAGUCUCGUUGGUUUUCGUGCAUGAAUAA